ACUUGCGGGACACAAUUCUUCCCAAACAUUUAAUAAAUUGCUUCACCCACUCUAAACGGAAACGGAGAAAGCAAUUUUUUUUUUGUGGUUAUGUGAGAGACUGAGACACAUCAGUCCAGUCCAGUACAGUCUCUGUUCGGCACUUUCUUCCGUAUAGAAUAGCACUCAUCAGUUUUAUAUCUACUUUUUUUCUCCAUUUUCUAUUUGCUGAACGGUCAUUUUUAUGUUGUGGUUUUACGGAUAUGGCUGAUCUGUCCAUGGAUUUCGAUACUAACAGCAGCGAGAUAUGGGAUUGGCAAUGUGGAGAAACUUUUCUUCAAGACAGCGAGAACUUUGGGAUGCAGUCUCAAACAGACGUAUCAGGAUGUCCAUGGACUGGUGUAACUGAAAAAAACAAAGAUAUUUCCUACAUGUUUGAUGAUGAGACAACCCCGGUAAAGGACUGUGGUGAGUUGACUUCCAAUGUCAAGGAUGCUACAAGUAAGCAAUUGGAGCAGUGCAGAGAACCUUCUAAACCAGUAAAAAGACGUCGAGUGCUGCAAUUUGAUGCUGAGAUCCUGGAUUCCACUGGUUCAAACGAAGAGCUUGCGUUAACUUUCUUAAAAUCUAAGGAGAGGAAUGCAUAUUUUGAAGAAGCUAGGAGUGAUGUGUCAGACUGGUUUUCCGAAUGUGCAGAUGGUGCAACAUCUUCGGCUCAGGAAGGUUUUGAUGAGUCAUCUGAAGAAUGGCUUACUGAUUGCAUUAAUGAUCCUGAGUUGCAGAUUAUUUCCGAGGAUAUGAAUGCAUCUGGAGUAUCUGAUGUUCAAGCAGACACAAUGGAAGUUGUCAAUUCCCCACCAGAAUGCGAUAUAACUAUGGUUAAAAGCAGUCCUGCUCGUACUUAUGGAAACAUUGUUUUCAAAGGUAGGAAUUCAUACACAAAGACUCCCAAGAAAGGUGCAUCUUCUGUAGUUUACCCAUUUGGAUUUAUCAAACCCUGCAGCGCUCAAGGAGAUGUGACUUUAAAAGAGAUCAACAAAAAGAUAUGUACUCCGCCACCCUCUAAAUCAAAGCAACACAAUCAAGAUCCACCACCUUAUCCGACAUCAGCUUUUUCUGGGAAGCCUGUCAUUGGCAAGACAAAAAUUCACACAGAGGGUGGAAGAGGCAGCAUUACCAUCAUGAGAACUAAAGGAUAAUCUCUUGAAAUGGUUUUUUCUUGGACAAACUUUAGCAUGGGAUUGCUCCAAAUUCCUUUGACAGAGCAAUUUUAUGGUACUGUUUUAGGUCUUCUGCAUAUAAGUUGAAUUUUGAAUUAGUCUUUAUUAGGGAGAAAAUGUGGAGACUUAGUAGUGGAUUAGUCUCCCAUUAUUUUGGAAUCUCAAUGUAUAUUGGUUUAUUAGAUGAAUGACUUUAUCUAUUUUGAUAAAUUAGCAAAAUUUUUGGGUACUUAUCCUUCAGGCAAUGUAAGCAUUAUAUCACAGGAUUUCUACACAUGUAAUGUAACUUAUGUAAGUCAUUAUCUAAACAUGCAUCUACAACUUGUCAAUA